AUGGCCGAUGCAGUCAUCAUCACUGCCACUGUAACCGACACCAGCCAGCUGCUGUCAGACGUUGCAGCCACUCGCCUCCACUUCACGCAUAUGCGACACUUCCAGGCUGGUGGGCUUAUCACAGCGCCCGGCCAACACCUGUACGCGCACAACAAGGGCCCCCGCAAGACAACCAUGCGGCGGGCUAUUGGCGCCUUCUUCCCUUUCGUUACCUGA